AAAAUUCUACGUUCUCUUGGUCCGUCGUAAAUAGAGUGCAGUAAGAUUGAACUCGUAACCUUCUAUAGACGACAAGACCGUGUUCAUUUUUAUCUAUUUUAGUAUUUCUGUUUUAAUUUUCUAAUUAGCUUCACUACAGCAAUAAAUCCGUUUGCAGAGACGAGAAAAUAUGGAGCUAAACCUUAGCUGUGCUAAGAAAACCUAAUAAUAACAAAAAAAAAAAAAAAAAAAGAAAAAGAAAAAGAGAAGCAAAAAUUGAAGAAUUGAAGUUUCAUCUUCCGAUCAAUCAUGGCUUCUUCUAGCUCUGGAAGUUCAAUUCCCGCGCCAGAGGCAAUUCAGGUUCUGGUCUCUUCUCUCGCCGAUGAAUCCUCCAUUGUCCGUGAAGCCUCCAUGUCUUCUCUUAAAGACCUCUCCUCACUGAAUCCACUUCUGGUUCUUGAUUGUUGCUGCACGGUCUCAAGAGGAGGACGUCGACAAUUUGGAAAUUUGGCGGGUGUAUUUGAAGUAAUGGCCAUGGGAGUUCGAGCAUUAGCUAAGCAAGAUGUUGAUCCUGCUUAUAUGGCAAAGCUUGCAAAGAUUGCUACUGCUGAGAUGAUUUCCUCCAAGGAGCUCAAUGCUGACUGGCAAAGGGCUGCAGCUGGCCUUCUUGUUUCAAUAGGCUUACAUUUACCUGACCUGAUGAUGGAAGAGAUAUUUCUACAUUUGUCUGGGCCUAGUUCAGCUUCACCAGCUAUGGUUCAAACACUUGCAGAUUUUGCUUCAGCUGAUGCUUUGCAGUUUACUCCAAGACUGAAAGGUGUGCUUUCACGAGUUUUACCUAUCCUUGGAAAUGUUCGAGAUGCUCAUCGGCCAAUAUUUGCAAAUGCAUUUAAAUGCUGGUGUCAGGCUGUAUGGCAAUAUAACAUGGAUUUCCCGUCGCAUUCCCCUCUUGAUGCUGGUGUCAUGUCUUUCCUAAAUUCUGCUUUUGAGCUUUUGUUGAGAGUUUGGGCAACUUCUCGGGAUCUUAAGAUCCGCACAUCUUCUGUGGAAGCAUUGGGUCAGAUGGUUGGUCUUAUCACCCGGACACAGCUAAAGGCAGCUUUACCGAGACUUGUCCCUACUGUAUUGGAACUGUAUAAAAAGGACCAAGAUAUUGCCCUUCUUGCAACAUGUAGUCUUCACAAUCUCUUAAAUGCCUCGUUACUGUCUGAAACCGGUCCACCAUUGCUUGAUUUUGAGGAUCUCACAGUUAUUCUAUCGACACUUCUUCCAGUCAUUUGCAUCAAUAAUGAUAGCAAAGAGCAUUCAGAUUUUUCAGUGGGACUGAAAACCUACAAUGAAGUUCAGCGUUGUUUUCUGACUGUUGGCUUGGUGUACCCUGAUGAUUUGUUUACAUUCCUUCUGAAUAAAUGCCGAUUGAAGGAAGAGUCUUUAACUUUUGGUGCACUAUCUGUUCUAAAGCAUCUCUUACCAAGGUCAUCUGAAGCUUGGCACAAUAAAAGGCCUUUGCUAGUUGAAGCUGUAAAGUCCUUGCUAGAUGAGCAAAAUUUAGGUGUUAGAAGGGCUUUGUCAGAGUUGAUUGUAGUUAUGGCCUCACACUGCUAUUUGGUUGGUUCAUCUGGGGAAUUGUUCAUUGAGUACCUUGUACGCCAUUGUGCUCUAUCAGAUCUUGAUAGCAAUGAUCCUGAAAACUCCAAGGUGAAGUCAGGGAGGUUUUGUCCAAUAGAGUUGAGAGCAAUCUGUGAAAAAGGCCUUCUUUUGAUAACUAUUACAAUUCCAGAAAUGGAGCAUGUUCUUUGGCCAUUUCUGUUGAAUAUGAUUAUUCCUCGGAUUUAUACUGGUGCUGUUGCAACGGUCUGCAGAUGCAUCUCAGAAUUAUGCAGACAUAGAUCUUCUACUAUUAGUGGUAUGCUCAGUGAGUUCAAAGCUCGUGCUGAUAGUCCAAGUCCUGAGGAGCUGUUUGCCCGUCUGCUGGUGCUUUUGCAUGAUCCAUUGGCGAGAGAACAGCUGGCAACUCAGAUUUUGAUGGUUCUUUGUUAUCUGGCACCGCUUUUUCCAAGGAAUAUUAACUUGUUUUGGCAAGAUGAGAUUCCUAAAAUGAAGGCAUAUGUUAGUGACACAGAAGACUUAAAGCAGGAUCCUUCAUACCAAGAAACCUGGGAUGACAUGAUAAUCAAUUUCCUUGCAGAAUCCUUGGAUGUGAUUCAAGACACUGAUUGGGUGAUCUCUCUUGGAAAUGCUUUCACAAACCAAUAUGAUCUCUAUACAACAGAUGAUGAACAUGCUGCACUUCUUCAUCGGUGCCUUGGUAUGCUUCUACAGAAAGUUGAUAACAGGGCUUAUGUCCAAAGUAAGAUUGAUUGGAUGUAUAAACAUUCUAAUAUUGCUAUUCCUGCCAAUAGGCUUGGUUUAGCAAAAGCCAUGGGAUUGGUUGCAGCAUCCCACUUGGACACAGUGCUGGAAAAGCUGAAAGACAUUCUAGCUAAUGUCGGGCAAAGUAUUUUUCAAAGAUUGUUGUCUUUUUUCUCUGAUAGCUAUAAAACAGAAGAGUCUGAUGAUAUACAUGCUGCAUUGGCUCUGAUGUAUGGAUAUGCUGCAAGAUAUGCUCCAUCAACAGUUAUUGAAGCAAGAAUAGAUGCACUUGUUGGGACUAAUAUGCUCUCACGGCUUCUUCAUGUACGCCACCCUACAGCCAAGCAGGCUGUAAUAACUGCUAUCGACUUACUAGGUCGGGCUGUCAUUAAUGCUGCUGAAAACGGUGCAUCAUUUCCACUGAAAAGAAGAGACCAGUUGCUUGAUUAUAUAUUAACUUUGAUGGGCAGAGAUGAUAAUGAUGGUCUUGGUGAUUCCAGUCUUGAACUUCUGCAUACCCAGGCACUUGCUUUAAGUGCAUGCACUACCUUGGUCUCUGUGGAGCCAAAGCUGACUAUUGAAACUAGAAAUCAUGUUAUGAAGGCAACGUUAGGGUUCUUUGCUUUGCCAAAUGAACCAGUGGAAGUUGUAAAUCCGCUCAUAGACAACCUUAUAACUCUCUUAUGUGCAAUUCUUCUUACAAGUGGAGAGGAUGGAAGAAGUCGAGCAGAGCAGUUACUGCAUAUUUUGAGACAAAUAGAUCAGUAUGUUUCUUCAUCAGUGGAGUGUCAGAGGAGAAGAGGUUGUCUUGCAGCACAUGAGAUGCUUCUCAAGUUCCGGAUGCUUUGUGUCAGUGGAUACUGUGCACUUGGUUGCCAUGGAAGUUGCACACACAGCAAGCAAAUUGAUCGCACUCUGCAUGGCAAUUUUGCCAACUUACCAUCGGCAUUUGUAUUGCCAAGUCGAGAAUCCCUUUGUUUGGGAGAGAGAGUCAUUAUGUAUCUUCCACGCUGUGCAGACACUAAUUCUGAAGUUAGAAAAGUCUCUGCUCAGAUUCUUGAUCAACUCUUCAGCAUCUCUCUUUCACUUCCGAAGCCUUUAGGUUCUAGUUCCAGUGUCGAUAUAGAAUUGGCAUACAGUGCUUUAUCCUCCCUUGAAGAUGUUAUAGCCAUCUUGAGAAGUGAUGCUUCCAUUGAUCCAUCUGAGGUUUUCAACAGAAUUGUGUCAUCUGUCUGUAUCUUAUUGACGAAGAAUGAGUGUUUCUUGCAGCUUGUAGGCACCCUGCAAGGUUGCACAGCAGCUAUAUGUGAUAAGAUCAAGCAGUCAGCUGAAGGGGCCAUCCAAGCUGUUAUUGAGUUUGUUUCAAAGAGGGGGAUGGAGUUGAGUGAAACUGAUGUUUCAAGGAUAACCCAAUCAUUGGUCUCGGCUGUGGUUCAUGUAACUGAGAAGCAUUUGCGGUUGGAGACUCUUGGAGCUAUUUCUUCUCUAGCCGAAAAUACUAGAUCAAAAAUUGUCUUUGAUGAAGUAUUGGCUACUGCUGCAAGGGAUAUAGUCACAAAGGAUAUUUCUAGACUACGAGGUGGCUGGCCAAUGCAGGAAGCAUUUUACGCAUUUUCUCAACAUCCAGUGCUUUCUUUUCAAUUCCUGGAGCACCUGAUAUCUGUCCUUAAUCUGACUCCUGUUAUUAAGGGUGAUUUAGACAGCUCUAGUCAUUUUGCUGAUGGUCAGAUAGGGGAUGACAUUCUGCAAGCUGCUAUGUUUGCUCUCACUGCCUUCUUCAGAGGUGGUGGAAAAGUUGGAAAGAAAGCCGUUGAGCAAAGCUAUGCUUCUGUUCUUGCUGCACUUAUACUUCAAUUUGGAAGUUGUCAUGGUCUAGCUAGUUCUGGUCAGCAUGAGCUAUUACGAGCUCUUCUGACUGCAUUUCAAGCCUUCUGUGAAUGUGUGGGAGAUCUUGAAAUGGGAAAGAUUUUGGCUAGAGAUGGAGAGCAAAACGAAAAGGAGAAGUGGAUCAAUCUUAUUGGAGAUUUAGCAGGAAGCAUUUCUAUAAAGAGACCAAAAGAGGUCCAAACUAUUUCUCUAAUUUUAACUAAAUCCUUAGACCGACACCAAAAGUUUCAAAGGGAAGCAGCAGCUGCAGCAUUGUCAGAAUUUGUUCGCUACAGUGGUGGAUUUAGUUCUCUAUUGGAGGAGAUGGUGGAAGCAUUAUGUCGACAUGUAUCAGAUGAGUCUCCAACUGUUAGAAGCCUAUGUUUAAGAGGGCUAGUACAGAUACCAUCUAUUCAUAUUUAUCAAUACACACCUCAAACUCUAGGUGUAAUAGUAGCAUUGCUCGAUGAUUCAGAUGAAUCUGUCCAAUUGACUGCUGUUUCAUGCUUACUGACGGUGCUUGAAUCAUCACCCAACGAUGCAGUAGAGCCCAUUUUGCUUAAUCUUUCUGUCCGUCUCCGAAACCUUCAAAUAUGCAUGAACACAAAGAUACGAGCCACUGCCUUUGCUGCAUUUGGGGCACUAAGCAGCUACGGAGUUGGUGCACAGCGGGAAAUAUUUCUUGAACAGAUACAUGCUGCCACUCCUCGCUUGGUUUUGCACCUUCAUGAUGAUGAUAUUAGUGUUCGACAUGCUUGCCGAAAUACUCUCAAACAUAUUGCCCCCUUGAUGAAGAUUGAAGGAUUGGCUUCCUUGUCCAACUCACAUUGUUGCAAUUCUGAUCAUCGAAGUGACUAUGAGGGCUUUCUAAGAGACUUCACACGGCUGCUCACCCAAUAUCUUCCUUCUAGAGUUGAUUCUUACAUGGCAUCAACAAUUCAGGCUAUAGAUGCACCUUGGCCAAUAAUACAGGCCAAUGCUAUUUACUUGGCAAGCAGCAUACUAUCACUUUCAGAUGAUCCGCGUAUUUUAGCUCUUUACUAUGCACAGGUGUUUGGAAUGUUGGUGGGGAAGAUGAAUCAGUCAGCAGAUGCAGUUGUUAGGGCAACGUGUUCUUCAGCCCUUGGCCUGUUGCUUAGAUCAACUAAUUCUCUUUCAUGGAGAACAGCUCGUCUCGAUCGUGAUCGAGUUGAAUCAUCUCGGAGGACCCAUGAUUCUGAUAAGAAGUAGAGAUUCUAAGAAAUAUCAGGAUCAGAUAAAAUGACGGUGCUGAUUACCAUUAUGUUCAUUUGUAUAGCAUGUCGUUAUUAUUCUGCUAAUGAUCACAAUCCGAGUUCAAAAGCAAAAGCCAUGCAGAAGAUAAGUGGUUUGUCUUGAUUGAUGACACGCACGAUGAAGCUAGUUUGUGAUUACUAGAUGGAUAUUGAAGUUAAAGUUAAAUAGCAUUUUAAGAUGUACAGCUUUUGGUAAAUGUAAUCGAUUCAUUUGUUUGAUGUAAAGCUGGUUGUUGCAACAUUGGAAGCAUGCGUCUUUAACCCUUUUCAGGUUGUAUAGCUUGUACCAUACUGUAAAAUUUGUGUCAUUCAGCUCGAUUUGUUUCAAUAGAAAAUUAAUAAAUGUAAUCCGAAGUUGAAUGUAGUUAUAUUCAAUUGGAAUUGAAGUUUUCAGAACAUUCUCUA